AGCCGAGGGUGAGGAGCCGGAGCCGGAGACGUUGCCUCGGAGAGGAGGAGAAGGAGGGGGAGGUGGUGGUGUUCGCGAUGACUUCUCCCGUUUACCGGGCCACGCCGGGCGGAGCUCGGCUGCGGACCGCGGCGACACUUCAUUCCGACCAAGUUGUUCGCAGGCGCGUUAGAUAACGUGGGCUCAGCUCGCCAGACGACACCUCCGCUUUCGGUUCGCCGCUACGGACGCGAUAUUAUUACCCCGCCCGCCGCCGUUUCAGAGCCCCCCCCCCCCGAGGUCGGAGCGACCCGCCGGCGUAGAGGCGUGGGGCGUUUGUGCGGUUCGGGUCCGCCAAGUCCCGCAGCAUGGGCUGCGCGGCAGUGAAUUUUCGGCGAUCGGCGACGAAGUCGGCGGCCGUCCGGGCCGCCGAAGCUCACCCCCGCUGACCUUGCCGCAGGAAAGAGCGUGAGAAUGCCGGGUAUUCGUUUUCACCUAAGCCUCUAGGCGUGUGUGUUCUGGCUUUGGGGGGGGGGGGGGAGAGGGGGAUCGUCGCCAUUUGCUCGAGGAGGAUGUCUGAUUCGGAAAGUUCCGCUUGGAGUGUUGGUUCGGGAGACCCGCGGUGGCUUUGCUUGGUCACGCUGUUCGUCGCGUCUCUGGUGACGUUGCUGCUCUACUUGGUCCAGUACUUCCAGCAAGGGGCCGUUUGGCUCCAGCGGAGACCGGCGGCCGAGGACAAUGCGGCGGCGGCGGCGGAGGCGGAGGAGGAGGAAGCGGACGCUCUCCUGGGAUGGGCGCUGUCGCUGAACAGCUGGAAAAGCCGGUGGAGAGCAGCGUGGUGCAGAGCCCUGAGCCACGAGUCGAGGAAGUCCGGGGGUCCUGUCCUGCUGACAUUUGAGGAGGAUGGCCUACAGUCAUCAGAGCUGGUGGUCAGCCAAGUGUCGAGCUUCCACAAGGCUGCCGGACACAAGACCGCUUGCUGCAAGGUGGUUGGGGAAAAGCUCCAGUUCUCCCUCAGCGCAGCAUCAACAGCCACGUCCACAGAGCCACCCUGCAGAUACACGGUCAAGAUAGCGCCGCUGGAGUUGCAGCUUGACCUGCAGAUGCAGGAAUCAGACGGCGAGGUCAAGGUGAGCUGGGGAGUGUCGCACCUGGAGACGUGGGAUCUGCAGCUCGCUCCGAGCUUCACACAGGACAAUGCCAAAGGCUCCAGCGUGGCAGCAGUAAAGGAGAAGCUGAGGCAGCUGUUAUGUUCAGUGUGUCCCUCUGUGCAGCUGAGCUGCAGGCCUGCUCAGGCCGCGGAGGUCAAGCAGGAGGCCCACAAUAAGGUGCUUUCUCCCCCAAAGCCCCCCCGUGCCCACGACUGGAAGCUGCUGGUGAAAAAUUUCAAGGUCACACUUCAUCAGGAGGACGGGUCUGCGGGCUGUAUGAAUCCUUUGUGUGUGCUGCAGCUGGACGACCCGCCUCAGAGGUUCUCCACUUCAGUCCUGAGGAACACAGUCGCACCUUGCUGGGAUCAGCCGUUUAUUUUUGAAUUGAACGGACGAUCAAAAGAGCUCACCAUUCAGCUGCUGAACGACAGGCAACCUCAAGAAAAUUCCUUACUCGGUCAGGUGUCGGUGCCUUUUGAUCUGGUGAAGAAGCAACCCAAAGGACAGCAAACAUUUGCACUCAUGACCAAAGACCUCGCGGUUGGGUCAUUGACUACUGAGUUCACCUAUCUGGAGCCUAGUGAGGUGAGGUCGUGGCAGCCACCCACCCCGGCCCCCACUAAGAAGGUGGAGAUGGACCGUACGGUCAUGCCCUGUGGCACGGUGGUCACUACCAUCACCGCCGUGAAGAGCAAGCCGGGACGACCACUCCCUCCUGGUCUCAGCCUAGAGCCAGCCCUGAAGGCUACACCCAGCAAGUCCAAGCUGUCAGAGCGCCGCGUGUCAGAGCAGCCGUCCAUGCUGGGGGCCACCGUCAGCAAGGCCCUGUCCUCCUCUGACACGGAGCUGCUGAUGCUCAACGGCACCGACCCAGUGGCGGAGGCCGCCAUCCGGCAGCUUCACCAGUCUGCCAAGCAGAAGCUCAAGUCUCCCGUCAAGAAGAGCACCAUCAUCAUCUCGGGCAUAGCAAAGACUCCCUUGUCUCAGGAUGAUGAGCUGGCUCUGAUGGCUGACUACGCUGCGGCAAUGGAUGCCUCCAUGUCAGAGGGCGGCUCUACUCUGGACGUUACCACGGCGAUAGCGACAGGAGCCAGUAGCCCCUCAGAGGGGUCGGACCCCCAAGAAGGCCCCAGCGGCGUGGGCCGACCUCCUGAGGACUGGGAGAGCCAAACGGGGGAGGAGCUGGACCAUUCCUCCCUCUCCAUGUGUGUUUCUGAGGCCAGCUGUAAGAAGAGCAGAGGCAGCUUUCUCCAGAAGAGUGCCAAGCUGUUCUUCCGCCGGCGGCACCAGCGCAAGGAACCAGGGAUGAGCCAGUCUCACAAUGACUUGGUUUACUUGGAGCCUCCGGCGGCCGUGGACCGGGCCAGCCGGACCGCCACGCUCAGCCGCAUGCUCAACCGUAAGCUACUGCCGAAGAACAAGAGCAAAGCCAAUGGCUCCACCUCCUGCGGGGAGCCACACGCGUGACCUCUGAAAAACCCACCUCCACCUCUCCCAGCUACCAGGAAGGCCUCCAACCUGCACUGGCAAACUUCAACCAACCUCCACCUCCCCAGAGUCCCAUUGCCCGGCCCACAUGCUGGCUCUCCCGCCUUUGAGAAUGGAGAAAAAGUUUGCGGGACGGAAAACAUCCUACUUUAAUUAAUGUCCUCUCUCCUGCUCAGAUGCCCUUAGCUCAUAGGGACCAGACAUGUUGCGCCCAAGGGAAGGGAAUGAAUGUGUGGACAAAGCUAUCCUAGAAUGAUUUUCUUUACCUCCAUGCCAUUUUUAGAGGACAUUACUUUGGUUGGGAGCUUCUUUUAUUUGAGUUUAUGCAACUUUUUAUGAUCUAUUAACGUUUCUGUGGCCUUGUGAACCACAGAAAGGACUAGUUUGGGCUCUCACUGAGUAAUCUAUUAACACUGAUGGGAAGCAUAAUCUGUUCGAGGGUAACCAACGGUGGCCUGACAGGGACCAAAGAUGAAGGCAAGAUGUGGUGUUGGUAGGAUUUGCACAUUUUACAGAGAAUUUGUUGCAGAUAACCCCCCGAGCUUGAUUUACUGUGCAAUGAGAAAAGAGGUAGUCUUUUUAUAGAGGUUUUAGCUGAUGGCCAUUUUCUGCAGUAAUGAUUUUUGUAUUAACGAUUCUCAAAGGGAGAAACUUUUCUUUUCACUACAAUGCUGAUGGCAGUCGGAGAUGAUGUAAAAAAAACAAAACUUAUAAGGGCAAGAGUAUAUAAUAACACUAAUGUUAUGUCGACUUUGGAGAAGAGUAGUUAUCAUAUCGAGCAUGCUCCGCUUCUCUCCCAUUUCAUGUAGAACAGAAUUUUAACAAAGAGAUCCGACUCCCAAACAUUAGCGGUCGUAUCUGACGUCGAUACUCCAAAAUGACAAAGCUGUUCUAGAGCAUCGUCGGGGUAAUGUCCAACCGAGAUGUCAAAGUCGGGAUCAGUCGCUCGUGACUGGCGUGUACAGAAAUCAUCUGCCUGUUAACUUGCUUUAUGCAACAUCACCCAUUCCUGAAAUGCAGCGACACUGUGGCUAAGACGAGCAUUUAUCCAACUGUAUCAACAUUUUGUUUUAAAAUGUUUACUCCUUCUUCUUCUUUUUUUUUUUGCGGUGUUUACGUAUAUUAUGCAAUGUCCUCUUGUGUCUUCCUGAGCGAUUCCCCUUCCACGUUACUGUGACCAGCCGGGUCACGAGCGCGUCAAAGGGAACCGAAUGAACCGUCGCGGAGGGCCCGUGACACUGUACCGCAAGCCAUACUCGACACAGCACUCGCUAAUGAAAUUCCCAUUAUUGUGUGAAAGUAUUUUUCUUUUCAAAAGGUGAACACAGCUUCCCGAGACCUUAGCGAGUGUGGAGGGGCGGAGGAAAAGCGGAGACUGACUGAUUGAACGGUCGGAGCUGUUAUUUUGAUUUGAUUUUCUUAACCUAGCCGAUGAUUGUAUUUUAUUUUAUUAUUUGUUUUUGUGGAGGGAGUUAUCCUGAAAUAUCACUUCUUUCUCAUCACCGCUUCCUUUAUCACGUAAACCUGGUGAGAGAAUCCGCUCUAAGCAGACCGGGGGAGGCAGCACAUGAAAACAACAGAUUACCUAUAAGCUCAUUCGGAGGACGUUUACUCAGGCCAAACACCGGUUCUUCAGGUUUCGCUUUAGACCUGGGCCAGGCGUGCUCCUCCAGGGACACCCGUGCCCUCGAAGCGGCGCUGGUUUUGGCCCGCCGUCAGAGCGAGGCUCUGCUCCGAGGGAGGGGGGGGAUCUGGCAUAACGAUUCGUGUGACUCCCGAGGUCGGACGCGAGGGCCGACGUCGCCCCGCUCGCCGUGUCUCUCGACCCCCAAACCCUGUGAACAUACAUAUCCAUUAAGAUGCAUGCCUUUCAUGAAGAGAAACGCCGCUGCAGGUACAACGUUUGUCAUUUAAAUGUGGUGGGUCUGAUAUUUACACAGUAGGGGCGGGACCCUCACCCUGCCCAGCAACGCCUCAGUGUUAAAGGUGGGACCCUUUUUUUUUGUGCGCGUGUGUGUGUGUGUGUGUUUUCAGCAAACGCAAGACCCGGUUGCAGGUUGAACAUAGAGAUGCUACUUAUCUUGAUUCACCUUUAAACUUAUGAGGGACGGGGGGGGAAAAAAACUGCUUCUUUUACCAUGCAAACCUUUGUAGCCCUUUUCCAUGGUGGCCUGCAAGCAUUGGCUAUUUGAUGCAUUCGGUGAGCAGUGAGCCUGUAUGUGAUUAAUAAACUGCUUCCUGGUGUUUUUACUGGCAUCGGCUCCGCGCACAGAACGCGACUCCCUGCUGACGCAGAAAUGUCAUUUCCCUGCAGGGAUCAUUACUAAUUAACUUAUCAGGUUAUUUCAUCUCGAGCAAUAAAUAUUGACUGAAU